UUAUUUCCUCGUGGUGUCAGCCAAGUGUGAGAGAAACUGAUGGGUACUGCACGCUGUGCAGUGUGGUGAUAUCCUGCGCACAGCAUGGUGCUUCGGCUGUGAUGCGUCAUGCUUCGUCUAAAAAGCACGUAGAAAAUGCGAACAAGCACAGAAGGAGUGACGGUGUUAUCCAAACCUCAAGGCAAGGACUUCUUGAUUUGAAGGCUUUAGAGGCCAGGACUAAUGUGCAAGAAAGCACGUCGAAGGCGGAAACAAUCUUCGCGCUUGCGGUUGUCGGAAACUCCAUUCCAUACACAUGGGGAGACGUGGCAACAAUGCUCUACCCAUCCAUGUUUCCUGAUUCAACAGUUGCGUCGAAUUUCCAGUGCGGAAGGAAAAAGCUUUCCUACAUUAUUUCCGAUGGAAUUGGGCCAUAUUUUAAGACUGAGGUUGUGAACGAACUGACCCGGCCAAAUGUGUUCUUCGCAAUUAUGAUUGACGACACUCCAAGGCCAGAAGCUAAAGUGCAGCAACUUGAUGUCCUUGCUCGCUACUACUCCAGCAACGCAAAACGCGUCGUAGUUGAACAUCUUGAGUCCUACAGCCUUGGCCAUGCAACUGCUGAUGUGCUGUUGUCAUGCAUUGAAGAUGCGCUCUCUGAGCUCCCCAAGGGACGUCUGUUGUGUGUAUACAGCGAUGGCCCAAAUGUAAUGAAAAGCUUGAAGCGUAAGCUCAAGGAAAAACUGUGCCCCAAUACCAUCGAUAUUUCUGAUUGUGCUUUACACAAAGUGCACAAUGCAUUUGCUGCUGGACUUGAGUCUUCAUUUGAUGAAGUAGAGCUUUUUGUGACAGAUAUUUACCACUUCUUCAAGUACGCAACUAGGAACGCAGACUUGAAGCAGUUGCAACAAGAAGUUGGAUUGCCUGAGCACAGCCUUCUUAGGCACGUGAGCAGCCGGUGGCUCACACUACUGCCUGCAGUUGAAAGAAUUUUGGACACAUUUAAAGCCCUGAAAGUAUUUUUCACAAAGCCAUCUUCUACAAGGAUUUCUAGUGCAGCAAGGAGGACACAGUUAGCAGGCGCCUUCUCCAACAAGGCACUCAAGGCAAAGCUGAUGUUUGUGAAGAAUGCUGCACAGCUAUUUCAGAGGUUUGAGACACUCUUUCAAAGUCGUGAGCCUCUUAUCCAUGUGCUCUAUGAAGAGAUGGUGAUCAUGAUAAGGCAAGUACUUGGACGGUUCAUGCUGCAGAGUGCUUUUUUACACCUGUCAGGCUUUGAGCUUGUUGAAUUGAACGUUGAUGACUCUGGCAGCUGGAGAUCAAAGCCAGAACUUGGUCUCGACACAGAAAGAGAGAUGAUCUCUUGGACUGCUGAUGAGAAAAAGGCAUUUAUCCUGAAAGCACGGUCCUUCUACAUAUCAUGUGCUAAGUACUUGCUGACAAGGCUCCCACUAACCAACAAACUACUACACCAUCUGAACUGUUUGAAGCCUGGUGCGCAAGGCCAAUGUCCUCUGCGAUCACUUCGAUAUGUGGCAAGCUCUUUGCCUCAAGUUGUGGCUGGUAAUGAAGUCUCAUCCCUCACAGAUGAAUGGCACCUGCUUGCAUCAGAAAACUUGGACUCAGAAUCUUUCCCAGAUAUAACUAGCUACUGGAACCAUGUAUUCGUACUGAAGCGACAUGCUUCUGCAGAGCCGAAGUUCCCACUGCUUGGGAAAUUGGUGAAAGCAGCCCUUUGCCUUCCCCACGGGAACUCAGACUGUGAAAGGGGGUUCAGUGAAAGCAAGCACGCCCUCCAGCAUCGAAGCUCAAUCAGCAUUAAAAGCAUAAGUGCCCUUCGCCAGACAAAGAUGUUUCUGAAGAGGUAUGACAAUGAUGCUACGAAGGUGCCGUUGACCAGAGAGCUCCUGAAAUGCGUAAAAAACUCCUACAGAACAUACAAGGAACGACUAGAAAGGGAAGAGGCCGACAAAGAAAGUGCAAAAAAGAGAAGGCUAGAUGCUGAUGUUGCUCCGGACACAGAGGUUACAGAGAAGAAAAGACUUGAAGAAGAAAAAAUGAGAUUGCAGGCACAGGUACGAUCCCUUGAAGCACUACUGGCCAAUGCCCAGGGCCUCAUCAACCGGGGAAUUGAAGAAAAAGACAUGGGAAAAGUGCACAGUGGCAAUGUUCUUCUGCUGGAUGCAAAUUCUAAACUUCCCAGUCUCCUUUCCCGUAUAGAGAAGGUCAACAAUGUCUUGCAGAAAAAGAGGUGAUGUGUUUGCUAGAGGAACCAUUGUGUGUGUGCUAGCGAGUGUAAUAUUUUACAUAUUCAUAGUCUUUUUGCCAAACAAGGGACAAUGGCUUGUCUUCGUGGUGUGUUACCCCAUAUUCUUUGUUUGUUUGGGAUAUGUGCAUCAAAAAUACCAUACCUAAAGGUUCGCCAAUUUUUCUUCCUUUGAACUGUACGUCAUUGGAGUUCCAUUCAUGUCAGUAGUGCUGCACAAUGGCUGAGAAGCAAAGUUAUUGUAUUUAUCGUACCAGGUCAACUCUAGUCAACCCUGUCUUCAUGCAGCACGUGCUCAUCGUUUUGAGUUUUACUGUGAUAUUUUUAGUAUUUUUCCAGAUAAAUAUGUAUUGAAUAAAGUUCUCAUUCAA